CUGGGUGAGAGGCCUGCCAAGAAGAUGAAGGUCGAGAUUGCCGAUAGCGAUCGCGACGACGACGAUGACGAAGAAGACGCUGACACUUCUGGCCUCACUGUGAACGAAGUUUCUGACGCAGAGGAUGAGAAGGACCGUCAUGUCCGCCAGACUGCGAUCGAGAGCGCGCUGCCGCCUAUCCAGGCGGAUAAGGAGGCGAUUGAGGAGUACGAGAUGAUGCGCAGAUCCCAAGUCAGCGCGCCCGCCGAGCAUCAGGACUCAUCUCAACCGGAUCGCAAAUGGGUUCGGGGCAAAAGUUCCAUUUACGUUGAUGCUUUCAAUCUUGCACUGGAUACCGUCUUGGCAGACGAGUCACAUUUGUUCGACGAGAAGGAAAGUCACGUGUUUAAAGAGUGGAAAGAACUGGACUACGAGGCGCAGUAUCUCUACGUUCGUCUGUUUCUCCGCAAGACGUCUGCUUGGCAUCGCCAGGACAGAUUGGGAUACUACAGCGAUAUAUCAGACCCUGAAACAGCCAUAAGAUCUCUCCAAGAAGUCCGAGAUCUCCCAGAAACUGAACUUCCGCCGGAUACCAAUCCUGUCGAGGGUGUUGAUCUCGAGGAGUUUAGCUUGGACGACAAGUUCACCUUCGCGGAUGCCUCAGAAGAGCACAUUACGACUAUUGAGGAAGCUGCUUCGCUACUAAGCCUGGAUGAACUCAAGGAUCUUGCCAAGGAAGCCAAGUUUCAUGGGAGGAAUAAGGCGGACUUGGUGAAAGCGCUUUGCCGAACGGGUCAUCAGCAGACAGGGCUAUUUGCCCAUGGUCUUCAGAGAUCUGGCAGCGGAGAGUCGCCAAACGCUAGGGUCCAGUUGGGAGAGGGGAGAGACACGCCUCCACCCCUCAGCAGACAAGACUCCAACCAGACGGGGCACUUCUUGGAAAAGAUCAGGGCUGUCACCGGCCCAUGCAUCAGGUUGUCGCCAUUGACUUACAAGCUCUUCGAAAGAGUUCAUCUCGUCUUUUAUCGGUCGGCUGAAUGGACUGAGAAGUCUCUUACGGCAAUCAUUCUUGCCAGCAUUGCUCGUCGUAAUUACCCGGAGUACAUUGUCUGCCGAAGCACAAAUAUCUUCGCCUCUCGGAGGCAUGUGCUCGAGUUCGAGUCUGCAAUCCGGGUUGAAGCUGAGGUUGACUCUGUUUUGGAAUUCAAUGGACCACCAGGAGAAGCAGGAUUUCGCAAGAUUAUUGACAUCUUCGAGCGAGUGUAUCCCCGGUGGCAGAACUUGUUGAGAGAAGAGCAGGAGAAAGAGGCGCGAGUCUACGAGGAGGGCGAGGGUGCGUACCUGAGAAGGUUUACACCCGUUCAUUCAUACACUCGCAUUAUCCACAAGGCGGCCUACGUGUUUGGAAAGCUGAAAGAUCAUGAACGGGAGCAUUCACUGCUCACCGAGCUCCUAGAUCAACACCUUUUCCAUCCAGCAAGACGAGGAAGUUGGUAUCAGCGAAAGGCGUUGCUGGAAGAGCAUUACAUGCACGCGCUCGACAGCAAGCCGGUUUCUGCAGACAUGGAUCUACAGAAGAAACAUUGGAAGCGUAUCGCAGCGACAACCUGCGAAGCUGGCCUCCAAGACAACGACUGUCAUCUGAUUUACCAUUACGACCUGCAGAAGCGACUUAUCAAGCUUGAGAAACAGCUUCGUAUACCUCGUCGAUUACAGCACGACUUUGGUCAUGUCCGCCUCCAGAAGCCGAUCGAGCAUACGGUGGAAGGCGUUCAGCUCAAACGAGACGACCCCCAAGGCAAGAAUGGCCGUCAGGCAAGCACCAAAACGAAGUGGGUUGACGAGAUGGAAGACGAUGGCGAAUGCAGCGUGGAGGAGAUGUGUCUCAGUUGGUACCGCAGCCAAGGAUACAAAGGCUUCCACGCCGAAGGCGGUAUCGUCCGCACGCUCUUCGCGUACCUCUUCUACGACAUCCUAUUUCUCUACAUACCCAAUGUAUUCCAGACAGCGUACCAGACGUGUCCCUUGGAUUUGCAUACCGACUCCUUUUACCCUACUCGCGCGUCGGAGAUCAACCACCGCCUUGUGGACAUUGCCAAUGGCGGCGCGGAGCGCAUCAUCCGAGAGGUCGACGAGAGGGAACGCGAGCGGAGGACGUGCGUCAUCGGGCUCAACUGGGACUACGACGUUGAAGAUCUCGUGGAGCUGGUCGGAUGCUUCAACGGAAGCGCUCUGGCUGCCGUCUGCAAGGUAAUGGCGCAGGAGUAUCGGCAGCGGGGCGGAGGCCUGCCCGACCUGAUACUCUGGCGGACGGAGCCGGAGAGGGAGUGCAUGUUCGCCGAAGUCAAGAGCGCCAACGACCGGCUCAGUGACACACAGCGGUUGUGGAUCCAUGUCCUCACGGGUGCGGGCGUCAAGGUGGUGCUCUGCAACGCUGUGGCCAAGGAAGUGAAGCUGGUGGAUUAA